UGGUUGAUCAGAGAAGCUGGACGUUCAGUGUUGAGUAACUCUCUCGGACGACCAAUUGAACAUCCAGCUCGAGUUUCGACAAUGACAACGUCGCCAGAUGGAGGGCCCCGUGGGCCUAAUAAAGUUAAACCUCGUCUACAUGGUCGAACUCCAGCGCCUGAGAAGAAAUUGCCUUCGAUGGGUAGACACAGCGCAUUCUCAUCUGAGACGCGCGAAUCCCCAUCUGACUGCUGUUUCUUCUGCUGCUGCUCCCAAGCCAUCAGGGACAUCAAUGUCGCCCAAGGCAAUGACGGUUUUUGGCGUUGGUAUUCUCGCAAUCAGCAGCUACUGUGGAUAUCUGUACACUUCUUACAGACAGGACGUGGCCAGGUCACGGUCCCUUUCUGUCCCGGAUGAUGUGACCGAUCGUUACGACCAGACGGCGCCUAGCUACGACGCAGAAGUUGAGAUGGGCGAGAAGGUGAUGCGGUUGGGCAAGAGACGAAAGGAACUGGUACAGAUGGCACGCGGAGACGUGCUGGAAGUGAGCUGUGGAACUGGACGAAAUAUGGAUUACUACGACCUAGGCGAACGAAGGGGAGUCGAUGCCAACGGGAAAGCUGAGCUGAAGGGAUGUCGAUCUGUUACGUUUGUCGAUCUCAGCCCAGUGAUGAUCGAGAUUGCUCGCAAGAAGUUCGAAAAGCUAUAUCCCGGUUUCCAGAAAGUGGCAUUCCAAGUGGGCGAUGCAAGUCAGAUUGCGCCCUCGCCUCCGGCUGGCAAGACACCACCGACGGUAACCCGAAAGCCCUACUUCGAUACAGUCCUAGAGACUAUGGGCCUCUGCUCCACGCCUGAUCCUGUGGCGCUUCUUCGCCAUCUUGGUGACCUCACUGAGCCUGCGCAGGGACGGAUCCUGCUGCUUGAACACGGUCGGUCGUAUUACGGCUGGUUGAAUAACAUCCUGGAUAACCUAGCACCAGCACAUGCGAAUCGACACGGCUGUUGGUGGAAUCGGGACAUUGGCGAUAUUGUUGAGAAGAGUGGAUUGGAGGUUGUUGAGAUCAAGAGAUAUCACCUUGGGACAACUUGGAGGGUCAUUCUGAGACCUAGGAAGGAAACGAGAAUCGAGGAGGUAAAAUGAGAACUAACUUCUUGAAUCACGGUAGAAAAGGGAUUCUUGUCUUACGGAUAGAGCGGGACUGGACGUCCUAAAGUGUACUAUUAUCUUCAUUUAUGCUGAUCGAUAGAAGAAUGUUAGAUUGUGUGUCAAUAGAGAGAUACGGCCGGG